AUGUCCGACGUAGCGACCCGCCCAUCCCGUCGACGUCGUCACGCCUCCUCAUCACACGCGCCCACCAGCCCUGAAACAUCGCGCAACCCCGCCUCACCCGAUAAGCGCAGGCCGUCGAUCGCGACAGAUGAUCGGACGGAGCUGGAGCUGCUGGUGCUGAGCACCGAGGAGUUUGAGAAGGAGGUGGAGCGAAGGCUGGGCUUGGGCCGCCCUGGUGCGGUCGAGGAGGCUACUCUCAGCGAGCCGGUGCUAUUGCCUAGACCGAAGACUAAGGAAGAAGAGGAAGCCCUGCAUGCGAAAGUCAUGGAUCUCCUCCGAGCGCGAGUAACAGCUUUGGAAAAAGAAGAAGACCCCGAGUUUGACCCCCUCUGUCCACUGCCCCAGGACCUAGCAGGGAUACAAGAUGACCCCCUCUUUGGGAAACUGGAAACGCUCGCGACGCAGAUCGUUAGCACUCAGCCCUGCGCUACUGGUAUCCCUGAGCGACUGUGA